AUGUAUAGUGUAGAAGAGCUGUCUUGCUGUGAUAGCUGCCCAGGCAGGCAUUCUUUCAUUUCUACAAUUUGGGAAAACAUGAAAGCUAUUGGGCUGAAUUUGGAGACAUGGUCCAAGGCUUGCGAAGAUGUUGUUUGUUCCCAUGCGUUCUUGAUGAACAAUCUUUGGCAGAUAUACAAGCAUCUGAAGGGCACGAAGCUCGGGAACCUGCUGGGAGAUACUUGGUUAAGAGAGAAUGAUCAGUACAAGGAGUAUUAUUCUACUAUAUGCUUGAGAGAGAGCUGGGGCAAACUCCCUGCUCUUUUAAAUAGGGAAGGCCAACUCUCUGGCAGGCGUGCAACUGCCCGUGAUCUUGUGAAAAAGAGAUUAAAGUUUUUCAGUGAAGCUGUUGAUAAUAUGUACAAGAAGCAAUCCCACUGGAUUAUUUUGGACAAAGACUUGCACGAGAAAACGUGCCAGCCAAAGCGUGUAAGCCAUGGCAGUUUCAAAAUGAGGCACUUGAAUGAGAAAUUUGACAAUGGGGUUAUGAAUCCAUAUCGAAAUUCUCCAACUGUUAAGUGA